AUGAUUGGUUACACUCAGCACACAACAACUACAGAGAGAUACGCUCUUGCGAGCAAAGCACGUACAAAGCUGCUAAAUUGUGCAGCGCAAUCCAGCAAAAAGGACCUUAAUCUUCGGCUACUGGUUGGCCAUGCAAAUCUACUGGACAGAGUCAUGGAGUCUCUGCAUAACAACGAUGCUCAAGACGAUACCGAGCUGGAAGAAGAUGAGCCUAAUUUCGACGAAAUCGAUGAGCCUGUUCACCUCGUUCGCGACGACACAGACAAAACACCCAAUUACGUAACCGGCAACACGCACGUGUCAUUCACGCUGCCGGCGGCUCCUGAGCACACUAUCUACGAGUACAGCAGCGACAGCGACAGUGAAAGCGACAGCGCAAGCGAAGACGAGGACUACAGCGAUGGCAGUGAUGACAGCGAUGACUACGAAUAUGACGAGGACUACCAGGUGUACGAUCACGACAAUGUGGCCAGAGCCCGUCAGCACGUAGAACACAGCGCGUACCUGCGCAGACCUGCCACAUAUACGCUUGCACAUGGUGAAAGCAUGACAAAGCCCACCGGUGGUGACCUUCUUUUGGUUUCGAUUCCCGAAGAUAACGAAGAGGGCGACCAUUUGAGCAGUUCAGCUCCACGUCAGCUGACCACCGUAUAG